CAAGCUGAUCCACAGGUCUUUGUUACUUUAAAAUCAAGCAGUAAAUUUGCAAAUAUUCUAUUUACUCAUCCGCUCCCGGGAUCGCUGGAUGACUAGUGGAAAGUUGUUGUCAGAUAAGGUAAGAAGCUGAUCGUUUUGCAGAAUAUACGGCAACAUGACGGUUCCGGCGGUUUCAUACAAAAAGUUCAGUGAACCUACGGUGGUUAACACUGGCACCAAACGAUGGGUCAUCUUGUACAUUCUGAUCGUGGCCGUUCUGCUAUCCUCACUGGCGUGCUUGAAUAAUUUUUCCAGAGGAUCACUAGUUGAAAUAUUCGAGGAUAACUUCGACAAUCCUCCUUCACAUACGGAGUACGCCAAAAUGGCUCGCUAUUUGGUACACAAGGCGGAAUGGGUUUCGAUGGGAUCCCUGUCGACGGUGGCCGCCAUCAAGGGGUUCCCGAUGGUUAACAUCAUUUCUGUGGCGGACAGUGCGCGGGGCGAGAAAUCAAGCGGCGUGCUCUAUUUCUUCCUAACCAUGCUGGACUACACAGCGCAAGAUUUGUCAAAGGACAAUCGCUUGACGAUAAUGCUUACAUUAGACCAAGACUUGUACUGCUCGAAAAAUGGAAUCGAUCCGAUGGAACCGACCUGUGCACGAAUCAUGAUUUCUGGAAAGGCCGUCAAAUUAGAAUCCGACACUGAUGAAUAUAAAUUUGGAUCCACGGCCAUGUUUAGCCGGCAUCCGGCUGCGAAAAAAUGGAUUGAUACUGAUGGUCAUAACUUUUUCCUCUGCAAGCUAGACAUCACCCAAAUCGCGGUACUUGACUUUUACGGUGGUCCUCAUUACGUUACCGUGGAAGAUUACAUGGCAGCCGAUCCAGAUAAGAAGGCUAGCUUCGUUAACAACAACGCUGAACGGAAAAUUUCGCCCCGUUUUGCAACCACCACAGACAUAUCAGCACCAUGAGUGGCUGCACAAGUGCAACGCAUAAUCUAAAACAUUUCUUGGAUUUUGCAAUCCUCUGCUGAAGGAGCGAAUAGAAGAGAGAGAAAUUGGCAGACUGCAUCUUUAAAAAAAAACACACAAGCCGCAGAACGGAUAAGAUUAGUCAUCUCAAACGGAACUAGUGUUGCAAUCGUUUGUCCGAUAAUUUUUAUGUACGAGAGAGUUGUGUAAUACCGACGAGGGAAUCAAAACAAACCAUUUGUGAUAAUGCUGUUUCAGCAGGAAUUUGCAAUAAUACACUAGCAUUUUAAAUUGAUUACAGAUCUUUAUAAACACCAUUAUUCGAAUCAAUAAAUAAAAUAUUGGAGAUGAUCUUUACAUAUUUUAAGAACUGAGUAAACUAACAUUAAAUAAUUUGAAGAGUUUGUUUCGUGAACAAAUCAAACCCAAUGCGAUUACAUGUUAUUUUUCAAAUUAUCUAAAACCAUCGAAUUGCAGCCCAUCGGCAAUAAGUGCUUCUGGCAGCACUGCCUAUUGUUUACGUUUUCGAAUGUUUGGCAUUUGUAUCCGCGAACUCCGUACAAUGUGAAAGGUGUACUCGAAACGAAACUAUUGAACUAAAGAAGCACCGGUAAUUUCCUAG